GAAGAAACCCGAGAAGAAGACGAACAAACGCUCCACGGUUUCCCCAAAGCAAGAUGGCGGUGCAAGAGACAGCAGCUCAACUCUCUAUGGCCCUAAAGGUGCAAGAAUACCCAACUUUAAAGGUUCCUUAUGAAACCUUGAACAAGCGCUUCCGAGCAGCUCAAAAGAAUAUAGACCGGGAAACCAGUCACGUGACGAUGGUGGUGGCGGAGCUGGAGAAAACGCUCAGUAGCUUUCCAGUGGUGGAUACUGUAGUCUCUCUCCUGGAUGGAGUGGUCGAAAAGCUCAGCGCCCUCAAGAGAAAGGCAGCCGAGUCUAUUCAAGCAGAAGAUGAGAGCGCCAAGUUAUGUAAGCGGCGCAUAGAGCACCUGAAGGAACAUAGCAGUGAUCAGCCGGCCAGUGUUAAUGUUUGGAAGAAGAAGCGCAUGGACCGUAUGAUGGUGGAGCACUUACUACGCUGCGGCUACUACAACACCGCAGUCAAGCUAGCCAGACAAAGCGGGAUUGAGGAUUUGGUCAACAUAGAAAUGUUUCUUACUGCAAAAGAAGUUGAAGAAUCUCUCGAGCGUCAGGAAACGGCUACCUGUCUGGCAUGGUGCCACGAUAACAAGUCUCGCUUACGGAAAAUGAAAAGCUGUUUGGAGUUCAGUUUAAGGAUCCAGGAAUUUAUUGAACUCAUUCGACAAAACAAACGGAUGGACGCAGUAAGACAUGCACGCAAACACUUCAGCCAAGCAGAAGGAGGCCAGUUGGACGAGGUACGGCAAGUGAUGGGCAUGCUGGCGUUUCCCUCAGACACGCAUAUUUCACCGUAUAAGGAUCUGUUGGAUCCAGCUCGCUGGAAAAUGCUGAUCCAGCAGUUCAGAUAUGACAACUACAGAUUACACCAGCUGGGGAACAACUCCGUGUUUACCAUUACCCUGCAGGCAGGGCUGUCUGCCAUCAAAACCCCGCAGUGUUAUAAAGAAGAUGGCACUUCCAAAAACCCAGACUGUCCUGUCUGUAGUAAGUCGCUGAACAAAUUGGCUCAACCUCUUCCCAUGGCCCACUGUGCAAACUCGAGGCUGGUGUGCAAAAUCUCUGGCGAGGUCAUGAAUGAGAACAACCCACCCAUGAUGCUGCCUAAUGGCUAUGUUUAUGGAUACAAUUCUCUCUUGUCCAUUCGUCAAGAUGACAAAGUGGUAUGCCCCAGGACCAAAGAGGUUUUCAACUUUUCCCAGGCCGAGAAGGUUUACAUAAUGUGAUGGGAGCUCCACAUUAGUUUUGGGACGUUAAGUUGCUGCGCCGCUGUAGGCUGGGCGAAUUUCACAUUGACACCAUUUGUCAAAGGGCGCCAAUCCUUUAGCCCUGUUCCAUACAAGAGAAUCUCAUCGACAGUAUGUCCUCGCCCUUAACCGGCCUGCAAGACCUUCACUGAACUGACGGUUUAAAAAAAAUCGCUAAACGGACUAUUGUGACAAGAGAUUUUUUUUUGUUGAUGUUUUUAAAAGGGGUUGGUAGUUUGGCAUUUAUUUAACUGGUUUCUUUUCAGUAGUGUAAAACAAACCGACACGACUCCAUAUCAGUCUCAAAGGAGCUUCUGCCUUGUAGUGUGUUAACAAAAUGAAUUAUUCAUUGUUGGUUUUUUGAACAAGGGCACCCAUUUAGGUCAUUAUUUUUAGAUAGAUUGUGUGUAGGUAGUUGUAGAGAACACUCUCCGAUGCCUUGCAUUUGCACCUGUGAAAUCUGUGACCACUUGCAUUUGUUAAUGUGUAAUUUUUUUUGACUGACGUCCUCAGUUCGAGGGAGCAUGUAAAAGAAAAAAAAAAAAAAAAAGUAGCAUUUAUAGCAAUACUGCUCUUUAUUCGAAGUCUGUAGAUGUGCAGACUUAGACACGGCGGUGUUCUUUAGUGUCAGGCUGUUUAAAAAAAAAAAAAUCACCUUAGUGUACACUUCAACAGUAAUACUAUACCGGCUUACUACAGACUUUUUAUGAUAUGUACUAAAUUUGGAACAGUUUUUUUUUUUUUUUAAACUAAUGGUAUUUUGAGUUAUAUAAACAAUAUCAUA